CUCAGGAAGCAGCGGUUCUUAUUUUAUGUUUUGUAGCGACUGAAACGGGAAGGCGGCUGAUAUUUUUGGGAGGGUCGGGUAGACAGCUAAAGGCGGUUAAAUAUUUUCUAAUAUUUUUAGGUUAGGUUGCUGCCAGCGACAGAAGAGCUUUGUUAUGGUUUUGGCGUUGAUACCGGUGAUGUUUACUGUUCAUCCUCAUAGGUCUCUGACGGACAGCCAAUAUUAACUGGUUCCACCAGCCCGAAACUGCCUAAAUAUUAGGCACAGACCGGAUUAUUUUACAUAUUUUUUCCCCUCAUAUUGCUGUGUGCUGGCGGCACGCCAAUAAUUGACUCUGGAGCAGGACACGGAGGAUAGCAUGGCCAUGACGGGAGGGACGGCAGCUGCCCUUCCCAUGAGCAACCACACCCGGGAGAGGGUGACCGUGGCCAAGCUGACACUGGAGAACUUCUACAGCACCCUGCUCACGCAGCACGAGGAGCGGGAGAUGAGGCAGAAGAAGCUGGAGAAGGCCAUGGAAGAGGAGGGUUUGCCUGACGAGGAGAAAGUGAUGCGGCGCUCGCAACACGCCCGUAAGGAGACGGAGUUUCUGCGUCUGAAGAGGACGCGGCUCGGCUUGGACGACUUCGAAUCUCUAAAGGUUAUCGGAAGGGGAGCUUUUGGAGAGGUCCGUUUGGUGCAGAAGAAGGACACAGGACACAUUUACGCCAUGAAGAUCCUGAGGAAAGCAGACAUGCUGGAGAAAGAGCAGGUGGCUCAUAUCCGCGCGGAGAGGGACAUCCUGGUGGAGGCGGACAGCGCCUGGGUGGUCAAGAUGUUCUACAGCUUCCAGGACAAGAGGAACCUCUACCUCAUCAUGGAGUUCCUGCCUGGAGGCGACAUGAUGACGCUGCUCAUGAAGAAGGACACCCUGUCGGAAGAGGCCACGCAGUUCUACAUCGCAGAGACGGUCCUCGCCAUCGACUCCAUCCACCAGCUGGGCUUCAUCCACAGAGACAUCAAACCUGACAACCUGCUACUGGACUCCAGGGGUCACGUGAAGUUGUCUGACUUUGGGCUGUGCACCGGACUGAAGAAGGCUCAUCGCACGGAGUUUUACAGGAACCUGACGCACAACCCACCCAGUGAUUUCUCUUUCCAGAACAUGAACUCAAAGAGGAAAGCAGAAACCUGGAAGAAGAACAGGAGACAGCUGGCUUAUUCCACUGUGGGAACGCCAGACUAUAUCGCUCCUGAAGUGUUCAUGCAGACAGGGUACAACAAGCUCUGUGAUUGGUGGUCUCUGGGUGUCAUCAUGUAUGAAAUGCUCAUCGGUUACCCGCCUUUCUGCUCGGAGACGCCACAGGAGACCUACAGGAAGGUCAUGAACUGGAAGGAAACGCUCGUCUUCCCACCUGAAGUCCCCAUCUCAGAGAAGGCCAAAGACUUGAUUUUAAGGUAUUGCACUGAUGCGGAGAACAGAAUCGGAGCUGUGAGCGUAGAGGAGAUCAAGAGUCAUCCAUUCUUUGAGUCAGUGGACUGGGAACACAUCAGGGAGCGACCGGCAGCCAUUUCUAUCGAAAUCAAAAGUAUUGAUGACACUUCAAACUUUGACGACUUCCCUGAAUCAGACAUCCUUCAGCCAGCCAAUGCAACAGAGCCUGACUUCAAAUCAAAGGACUGGGUGUUCCUGAACUACACGUACAAACGGUUCGAGGGCCUGACUCAGCGAGGCACCAUCCCCACGUACAUGAAGGCAGGAAAGGCCUGACACGCUCAAGGAAAGCAAACACAGAGACGUUUAACGGACACAGGGUCGGGCCGCCGAGCCCCCGCCGGUUCUGACGGGCCACGCCGGUGCCGCGACGCACCGUCGGCCCCUCGGUCUAAACGUAACCAUCGUCACAAGCUAUUUAGGUCAGCUCUGCCGCCAAGAAAACGCCCCACUGGAAGGAGCUGGGAAACGACGGAGCGUCGCCGCAUUACCUCGGUUGUUUAUAUUUCACGUGUGCUGUCUCUAGCCAUAGCUCUCGGGCCAGCUCUUUAACUAGGACACUAAUUAAGCGUAUCUGCAUGUUCAGCUUAAAAGUUGAUGGCAGGAAUGGGGCUUGAAUACAAAUCCCUGCUUUCUGCAUCCUCACAUUGAUAGUUGAUACACUGGCGGUUACAUUAACACAGCUGCAAACUGACGUCCGCUUAGAAGCUCUCAGCACUGUAAUCAAAGUCUGGGUGACCGAAGAGAACCAGAACUACUGAAGCACACAUGCUGCUGUGCUGUACGGAGAAUUCCAGCACGAUUUCCAAUGAGUUUUAUAGCUCCGACCCGAAGCAAGCUCCGUUUUUUAAUUUUGAUAUUGAUGUUCGGUUUGUCGCCGCCUGCUGUUGCAGCGUAGAUAUGAAAGUUUUAUUAAUCGUAAUCUCACAUUCGGUUUAGACUGAAGACAUCUUGAGUUGUCUGUAUAUUGUGAGUUUCACCUUUUUAUCUUCUGUUUGGGGUUUAAUUGAGCGUCCUCUGUUUAAGAUAUGUAAUAUCUGAGGAUGGAUAUCAAAAAAGUAAGAGCAUCACACUCGUGGUAUAAUAUUUUAGGAAUGAGCAAACACCCAAAUCCUGCUGGAAUCCUCCUUUAUAAAGGUGGGACACUGGCAUAGGUUAAAUAGUGUAACUCCCUGCAAAGCAACAAGACGGAACUUGUAAUUCUUCUGCUUAGCAUCUGUCGGCGUGAGGCAUUGCCAAAUAGCUCUGUGUCCUUUUAAGAUGUAAAACAGUCAACUUAAUGAGCCGCAGGCCCAGCCUCUUGCUUCUUAAGUCAACAUAACAUGCAAAAGUGCCUUUUUAAGUAGCUAGAUGUAUCACUGUAGUUUAAGAAACAUUAAUUAGGAGGCAUUCAUUAAGAUUAGCUUAGCAUAAAGCUGAUUGAUUUUGAGAGAACGGUAAAGGGGCAGCUUGAAUUAUAUGUAUAACAAAAAGCAAAUAUAUAAGCUGGUGUCUUUUAGGCGAUUUAUGAGGGUUGUGAUAAUACAAAGGCAGGUUUUUAUGGACGAGAUAAUAAAACAGGAGACUCUUUAAGCAGUAAAAAAUGGAACUAAAAUAGGUCAAAAACAGCAUAAGAGUGCUCUCUCUAGGUUUGGAGUUUUAAAUUUUUCAUUUUAUGUCCAUCGUAGGAUGCGUUUUAUCACUUUUUUUUUUUUUUAUCCCUCUCACAAGCACGUAAAUGAACAAAACACUCCCUGUAAAGCAGGUCUUUAACCAUGAAGUCUCAGAAGGGGAGACUCUGCUCAUCACAUGCCGUGGUUCGAAUGUAGCCGUCGCUUAUUAACAGGAAACCACCCUUGAAAAGGAAGUCAUUUCCAUUUACUAAAUCUAAACUUCUAAAGCAAAAUGUGUGCGUGAGCAGUGACAUUUCUUAGAUGUCUGCUAAGAGUUCUAAGAGUAAAUGUAUAAUCGGAAAGAUUCCCAGGAAUCCCUAUGUUAGCUGUUUCUAAAGGUCUCUGCUAGAAAAGUAGUUCUUCAGCAUUCUGAUCAUUUCUCUGUACUGUAAUACCCCCGUGUUGAUUCUUUUCUUACAUUUUCCAUGUAAGUAAUUUAUUUGUCGAGCUACAAAUGCCUUGGCCGACUACACUCGAAAAUGCUACCCUCAUCAGUCCAAAAGGCAAAUAUUUGUAUAUUUUUGUGUUAUUUAUGCUGCUAGUGUUUUUUUUAAAUGUAUAAAUUGGAUUUUUCUUUUUGCAGACAUUCACUGUAUUUUAAUUGGCUGUGUUUUAUGUGAAAUCGUACCCGCUGAUGUAAACAACAAACAGAAAAAAAGUUCAGAAUCCUAUGCACGUCCGUGGACAUCUCUUAUGGGUAAUAAGGUUAGCGAGCCCUUUUUUUUUUAGUCAAAAGCCACAAAAAUUGCCAUAAAUUAGUUUAUAGAUGAUGUGAUUAUUAAGGAGUGGUGGAUUCAGGAGGAGAGAGAGUGAGUUUUACCAGCCAGUUGCUGGAGCAUCCAACAAUCUGGAACAGUGGAGGAAGGUCACCAGACACAGUGAGUGCUUUGUGCAGGUAACUGAUUGGAGGUUGCAUUGGGUGUUUGCUUCGAACCAGGUGGUUGUACUGUGCAAGUUCCCAGCAAUACCACAGAGUAGCCCUAAACUGAGAGUGUGGUGGGUCACCACACUCUCUGUGAAGGUUCCAAACACCCAAGAUGGACCACAACACCAUAAAUGUAGGGUUAGGAGAUCCACAGCGCAUAACUUAAGGUUCUCUCUGGUAAUGUUUUGAUGGAACCAGACAGGAACAUCAUACUCCUGCCUGUCUUCCCCAAGAUGUCACCCUUCUACGCUAGAACUUGACUGUAUGCUGAGAAAGUAAUUCAGCCAUUUGAUUCAGUUGUGUUGGACCUGGGACACAUCUAGAUGUUGCAGGACACCAGGCCAUAGAGGGCUGGAGUUUGACAAACCUGUUCUGUCAUGAUGAGGUCCUAGCUAGGCCUCCCUAAAUGGACAUGUUUUGGAUCACCUUGGAUACCUCUUGAAUCUUGGGUUGACUUGCCAAUGAAGACAUUGGCCAUGUUUUGGACUUGAUGACUAAUGUUGCCAUGGAACCAGCUGUGGGACAGUACUGCCAACUCUUUGAUCUGAUAUCAAAAUCAUUGCAUGACCUUUCGAAACAUGACUUUUUCUUCCAUUGCCACUCUGUUUGUGUCAUGUUUAAAGAAAUAAUCCUGCCAUUCGAAAUCUUACUACUGCACAUGAAUGGAGAAACUAGAGUAAACAGAUUGGCUCAACAUAUUUAAACUAUUUUGAUCUUCUAGGAAGGUACGCUGACAGGGGGGUCUAAUCAUUUGUUGAAAUUGAUAAACGUAGACAUGGCAUCCAAUGUGUUCUCCAUCUGUUCAUGUCUUUCAAAUGACACAAAAUCUGUUUGUAGGAAUUUCUGUUCAAACUUAAGUGUCAAUGCAAAGCUUGGUGACAACACUGUGGCUGUGUGAAUGGCUGAUGAAUUCCAAGACUGCCUUUGAUCGAUAACAGAAAAGGUUUUAAAUGUUACUGAAACAAUCUCAAACUAGAAAAUUCAAACCUCUUGGCCAGUAUUUGGUAGUUUCCCACAGAUGUGUCGAAGUCAGAAACAAAACCUGCUUUCAGAAAACUCCAGAGAAAUAGUGACGCGACUUGAAGACUGACUAGGAAAGGGACAAUUGUUCAUGAAGUGGAUGAUCUCCUUUUGUGUUGUGAGGUGAAGUGUCUCACUGUUUAGUGUCAAAUGUCUGCUUUGUGCUAGGAUCGACGGUGUUUGUUUUAUUUAUCAUGAAGAAGAAAAACGGAGGGUGAAUAGUUGCGAUGCGUGCUAUAUUUCACUUUAUACAGCCACACUUGACUUGAAAUCCACUGCGGCGUCACUUUAACUAAAGGGAUUUUUCAACGAGGUAGUAAAAGGUUCAGGAAAAUGUUUCUUAUUUAUCAAGCGAGACAAUUCAUUUGCCUCGUUUGGACCAAACCAGUUUACUGCCGAGUAACAAACAGUCGUCGGCAGAUUAUUAAAGGGUAAUGCUGCAUGUUUCGUUUUGCCAAGAGACAAUGAGCGCAACUAUAUCGUGUGGUAAAAUCAACAUAAAAGCCGAAAAGGUGAAUGAUCUGUAUUCCCCUCCCUGUUGAAGGAAGAUUCCCCGGUUCCACGGCUCAGAACUGUGUUAAGAUGCGGUAGAAACCUGGAAGGCUACUGUCUGUAGAGGAGAGAAGGGGAUGCUCAUUAAUAUAUUCAUUCAUGUUGCUGAGUUGUUUUUUUUUUUUAUGUUGAUACACUGCUCAGAAAUAAUAAAA